UAGAACCAAAACGUACACUUCCGGUUUUAAAGUUUACAACUUUCAAGAGUUCGUCUGUCAAGUCCAUGCUGAAUUGGAGCAUGAAAAAUUUACGCAAUUGAUUGCUGACUUGGGGGAGAGAUGGUUUAUUGAUGAAUAUCCAGGUAGAGAAGGAAUUGUAUAGACCAAGACACAGCAGAUUCACUGAAGCUUUUCCGGAGGGAUGGAUAAAGUGAUUCAGUGUUGGGAGGUUUCCUCCAGACUGAGCUGAGAUUUUUGGGUCACCAUGUCUAAGGACAAACAUGAGGAGGUACCCUCACCCCCAGCAUUAGAUGGGGUGGAUUGGAGGGAGCGGUGCCUGUCCCUGGAAACUUCCCUACAGCAGUUCAAACACCAGGUGGCCCGCAUCAGGGAAACCCUAGGAGAGAAGAUGAAAGAUCUUGAGACCAAAAAGAGGCAAGCAGAGAGUCGAGCAGACUCGGCAGAGCAAAAGCUUCAUCUGAUGGAGCAGCAGCUUGCAGCCAUUCAUUGGUCGCCUGAGAGCACUGAGAACAGAGACACCAAGGUAGAGGAUUUAGAGAAGAAGUGUCAGGAGAAGACCCACAUGAUCAGGUCACUGCACCAACAGUUAGAGGACCAGGAGAAAGCUCAUGUGUUGCACAGACAACAAGACGCUAGAGCUGUGGAAGAGAAGGCAGGAAGAAUCAAGGAGUGGGUAACCAGUAAAAUACAACAGAUGGACAGUCAGAAUAAGGAACUUCUACAUGAGAAUGAAUUACUACAGGAACAGGUUAACAUUCUCAGAGAGAGGCUCCAGGCACUUCCUGCAAUGGCAUCCAAGGAAAUCUUCAGGCUUAGUCAACAGGACAUAUACUUAGGCCAGUCAUCAGAAGCUGAGUCCUCCUGUGUGUCGCCCGAGUCGAGACCUGUGUCGGACUUCACCAGCAUUUCUCAUCUUCUUGGCUCUAGACCAGUGUCCGAGUCUAGUUCAAGGCAGUAUUCUCGUCCAGUGUCUGAGGUCAGCCCUGUACGAAGGCACUCUGAUUCUUCAUGGACUGAGUCAGUUAAAAAAGUUCUGAGGACCCAGAGUCUGUCGUUGCCCCCGACAACAGUGGAGCAGGAUCAGGAAGCACCAGAUUAUGCCGAGUCAGACUCUGUGUCAAUGUCAAGUUCAAGGUCAGCAUCCAUGGCAUCAGAUGAACCUCCAGAAAUUCCAAAGAGGCCCUUAAAGUCCCUAAUGGAAACUCUCAAGAUGGAGGAAGGAUCUGAUGGAGAUAACAAUAAUGACACAUGUAGUAUAACUCCACCCUCUGAUGACGGUGUACAAACAGCCAAUGUCUCGGAUAGUGAUGACAGUAUGGUAGACAUUGAAAAUGUACCAAUCUAUCAAGAAGUGGACCAGAAUCAUGAAAGUACAUAUGAACCCAAGAAAGCAGCUCCUCCUCAGAUAAAAAUAGAAAGGAAAGUGUUCCAUGAUACUCACUUAAUGGAUUCUUUAAUCAGUUCUAGUAAUGGCAGUGAGGAAUUAAUUGGCCACGCAAGGCUCAAAAUCACAGAGGAUAUCAUUUCAUUAGAAGUAGAUAAAAAUGGCAGUGGUUUAAGUAUAGAAGACGAAAUCAUUUCAGUGACAGUGGAACCAGAUUAUGCAGAAGUCUGUAAGAAUAAGACAACCAGGGUCUCUCCGGGUCCACCUCAGAUGAAACAAAGCUCCCAACACAGCGUAUACAAAAGCAGCCCAAACACUGUGCAUGCCAUAGCCACACUACCUCGCGUGCGAUCAAAGGACCGCACCAAACCCGAGAUAGUGUACAGCAGUGGACGUGUGUCAAAUCACCUGACUCAGGAACACCGUCCCCCGCCUGUACUUGAGCCACAUAUAAUUAGCCCCACUCGGAAUGGAGGUGUGCAGGCUACAGGCCCACAGAAAUGGGACAGAAGAGCCCACACAGUACCAAGGAAAUUAAAGCCCACAGAUCCAAAAGAUUCAGUGGAGCUCUCGGACGUUGCUAAGCUAUACAAGGAAUUAGAUGUCCCAGUGUAUGCCACUUUAAAAGGAAAGGCAGCUCAAAUUCGUAGUACCCCAUUCACAGAUGAUGACUCGGAGUCCUCGGACGACGGGUGUGUUACAGACCAAUCAGAUCUCAGGAACUCAGAAUCACAGCCUUCCACUCUUAAAAUCUCAGAUUCCAAGAAACUACAGCACAGCAGCUCAGGGGCCAUUAAAAGAGGUGUGUCCUGUCCCUCAGUGUCUUCUGAGAUUUCGUGUGAUUAUGCUGACCCUCCAGAUGAAACAUCAGACAAGAGUGAUCUGGAGAGUUUAGAGCCAGAGAAGAAACUGCUCCGCUACGCUACAGACAGUCACAAACAGGAUACUUUGGAAAAGUUUGGCUAUCUGUCAAAGCUGGGUGGAAAAGUGAAGAUGUGGAAGAGGCGGUGGUUUGUUCUUCGAAAUGGAGAGCUGUUCUACUACAAAUCACAGCAUGAUGUUCUACGCAAACCUCAGGGAACCAUAAAGCUAGAUGAACAGACAAGGAUAGACAACACCAAGGGAGAAACAACCUUCCAGGUCAGCAAUUCCAAGAAGACAUAUUACUUCAAUGCAGAUUCACUAACAGACACUGAGAAAUGGAUUAAAAUGUUACAAAAAGUUUUAAAGCAACAUGCCACUGGAUUUAUCCUGGACCAACUGGAUACCAAGGCAGUCUCCAGAGGAUGGCUUGUUAAGGUAAAACAUGGAGUAACCAGGCGAUGCUGGUGUGUACUCCUGGGGAGAUACUUCCUGUAUUACAAAAACAAAACAGACAAGACUCCUUUCGGUCAGAUCCACUUGAGAGAUGCGAGGAUUGAAGAUGUUGACUGCAGCGAUGAUUCAGAUGAUGAGGCAGAAAAUGAUGUUUUCAGUCAAUAUACUAUUGCCAUCUGGCCACCAUUCCAAGGACCCACCUACCUCAUGCUCCCCAGCAAACACGAAAAGGAUUCCUGGUUGUACCACCUGACUGUGGCUGCCGGGGGAGGAACAGGAAAUGUCGGGACAGAGUAUGAACAACUCAUAGCAAAAGUCAUGGAGGUCAAUGGCGACCCAAAUUCUUUAUAUUGGAAACAUCCCAUGAUGCUUCACACCAAAGAACCAUUAACAAAACCUCUAGCAACACUUCCCUCAGAAGAUCUGCAAGAGAAAUCUUUGGAUUUAUCAAGGGAUAUAAAUGACUUUAUGUACACUGCCAUUGAUUCCACCAAGCUGGAGUUCCAUGUUGAGUUGGCUCAGACAGUCCUCCAUACCUGUCUACAGUAUCCGGAGUUACAGAAUGAGUUCUUCUGUCAGAUGAUUAAGCAGCUGUCCUCUCACCCUGUCACCCACAAAACAGCGGUACAAAAUCUGCUGUUGUGCGGUAAACAUUCCUGGUACCUUUGCCACACCACUCCUACCUCCCCCACAAACUCCGUGUCCGAUCUCUCACAGGGGAAGCUGAACCCCAUCACCACUGUGUUCCUCCAGGGCUGGCAGCUUCUGUCCCUGUCUGUGUCCAUGUUCCUCCCCAAACAGUCCAUUAUGUGGCACCUCAAGGUCCACCUACAGAGAAUAGCAGAUCCAAGGCAUGACAUAGGGAAAUAUGCCAUUUUUUGCCAGAGAGCAUUAGAGAGGACAAUUUUGAAGGGAAACAGAGAUGCUAAACCCUCUCGUAUGGAAAUAAUGUCCAUCUUAUUACGUCAUCCCUAUCACCACUCGCAGCCAAUCAGCAUCCCAGUACAUCUCAUGAACAACACUUAUCAAGUGAUAAGUUUUGAUGGGUCCACUACUGUAGAAGAAUUCACACAAAGCAUCAAUAAAACUAUCAACAUUCGUGAUUACAAAUACUCAGGGUUCUCUCUCUUCUCCGAUCAUCCAGGCAACACAGAUGUAGAACAGUGUCUACAGUUACAUGUCAAGGUUUGUGAUGUCAUUUCGAGAUGGGAAAAAUCUUACAGAGAUUUUCACUCAGGGAAAUUAGAUAGCAACAAAACAAUUCGUUUUAUGUACAAAAACAGAUUGUACUUUAAAACUUUGAGUGGAUCAGAGACAGAGAAAGAAAAACUACUCUUAGCAUAUCAAAUUAAUGAGGAAAUCAUUCAUGGAAGAUUUCCACUAAAUAAGGACUUGGCCUUAGAACUUGCAUCUCUCCUAGCUCAGGUAGAGUUUGGAGACCUACGAGCCCCCAGUGAAUCUAGUCAGACAAGCAGUAGCAGUUCCUCUCCAUUCCACUGCAACAUCACCAACCAGCUGUCUUCAGUCCUUGACAAGUUCUACCCCAGAAAGUACUCUGAGUCAGAAGAAAGUGAACAGAGAGCUGUGGUCCUGAAGUUGCUAGAGAGAUGGACUUCACUGAGAGGUCGGACAAUACAGGAUUGUGUUCGGGUGUACUUAGCUGUGGUUAGGAAAUGGCCAUAUUGUGGAGCGAAGCUGUACAUGGCCAAGAUCAAGGGAUCCACCAGUCCUGAUGAUGUAUGGAUUGCUGUACAGGAGGAUGGCAUCUCAGUCCUAGAACAUGCCACCAUGCAACCCCUGAAUACCUAUGACUACCGAUCUGUGAUCACUUUUGGAGGGUGGAAGGAGGAUUUCAUGCUGGUUGUCAGUCAACUGUUUGAAUCGGCUCCACAUCACUAUGAACACAGAACUGAAAAGCUUCUGUUUGCCAUGUCAAAGUUCAAGAUACUGGAUCUGACUGUACUGAUUGCAAGCUUUAUCAAUGCACGAGUUCAAAGGCCUUCUCAAGACACCAGUCCAGAUGUCUGAGGUCAAAGUUCAUCAAAAGACUACUCUUUGUGAAAGACAUUUGAACAAUAGUUUGCCAGUCCACAGUGCAAUAUUAUAUGUUCUCGUUUUCCACAACAAAUUUUUUUUGAUACUCAGGUACAUCCAACCACAAUAAAUGUUCAUGUUUUUUGGUAAUCCAACAUUUAGACCUAUGUACAUAGAGAGAAAAAAUAUUUUUAGCCAAAAAAAUGUCAAAUAAUGAAAUGCAGUGAGCAGAUUGCCUUUACAAAGUUCAAGCAUUCACUGAAAUUAGACUCAAGUAGGACAAGAGAAAGUAUCAAAAUUUCAGAAAAAGUUUUGUACUUUUAAAUUUAAAAUCAUAUUCUCAAGAGAAGUAGCAAUGCAAUAUUUGAGUCUGGACAUUUUUACCAGGUAGGUCAAAAAAGGAAAUGAGCAAUAUUUAAUUUAGGUCUUAGAGUGUCUUUUAAAAACGAGAAAGAAACGAAUGCACCGAAAGAUGUUAAAAUGUUUUAAAACCAAUCUUGUAGAUGAUGCAAGAUUGUUUUAUGUUUUUUUUGUUUGUUUGUUUGUAUGAUUUCAUCAAAUGUUAUUUCUUGUUAACAAAGGUCAAAUACGAGAGAAAAAUGGAUGCAUUCCUUAUUUGUACAUUUAAACUUAAUUUGUCACAUGCCCAAAUUUAGUGCAAUAUAAUGAUUUCUUUUGUAUCCAAGGAUAGAGAUUAUCUAUAUAAUAUUGUUAAAAGAAAUGACAGGAUUCAGCAUUACACCCCAAGAGAUUACUGGAAGCAAUCUAGUCUGUUUUUAUUGUUACUGUUGUGUGUUCUGAGCUUGUUACCGUUUUACGAGAUACCAACCAGGAUCUGAUUAUAGGGCACGUUCUUCUACUCUUUAUGGAAUGACAUUUGUCAGUUACUUUGAUGUUAUGCUUGUACUUAAUACAGUCUCACAUACUCAGAAAAUGAUAUUUAUACUCAAGGAUUUUCUUCAUGUAACUUACUUUUGAUACAAAGUGAUCAUGUGGUAAUGGAAGAUGAUAAAGAAUUUAAACAUCAUGUUUUCUUUUUGAGAAUUACUAUUUUCCCUUAACCAUGAAACCCUUUAAGGAUAGGCAGGCCAGUGGAAUGAAACAUUUAAGGAUAGGCAGGCCAGUGGAAUGAAAAUAUUAUUAAUCAAUGAAUUUCCUCCCACUUGCUAAAAUGGUAGUAAGGGAGACAAUGCAAUUACGUCUAAAUCAUGUGAUGGUUCUUGUCAUUGUAGAGAGUUAUGGGCAUGGAAGAGAUAACAGUAUCUCUCAUGAAAAUAAGUGUAAACUGAUUAAUAUUUGCAUCAUAGUCAUGUAAAACUUUCUCUGAAAUUUAUUCUGUCUGAAAUUCACUGACUAUGCGGAAUCACAGGGGCUAAGCCCGUUUUGGGCCCAAACUCUGUGAUACCAUAAAUAUAGAUCUAUAUUUAUGGUAUCACAGAGUUCGGGCCCAAAACGGGCUUAGCCCCUGUGUGCGGAAUGGAUACCCUUUCAAUAAUUUUUCAGUAUGUUUUCAAAUUUUGAGGUCAAGACAAAAAUAUGAUCAAUAAUACAUGAAAACCCUGUUUUCACUACUCUUACAGAUCCAUUUAUCUGAUUUAUGAAAAAAAUAUGUAGGUGAUUUUCAUUUUCAUGGACUAGUUGUAAUGGGAGUAUAAGUACUCGAGCUUAUUUCAAUGUUAAAGUAGAGCAACUUUUAACUCUAUGCUCUCGAACUUCUGUAAGUUCAUUCCAUCAUCAUAUAUACUUAGAGAGUACCAUCAAUAUUUAAAAAUUCAAAGAAUUGUACAAAUCAAAUUCAUUCUCAAUAUUUCAUCAAAUUCAAAGGCAAUUUGGUCUGUACUUGGCUGCAUUACAAAUAAUGGGAAAUGGUUUACAUAAAUAUGAUAGUCAGCACAUUUAUUAAGCUUGUCGAAGUUUUACUCAUUACUGUAAUCCAAUAUUAUUUAUGUGCAUAUGAAAUGUCUUGAUGAUUUAAUACAUGCACUCUACAUUAGAAAUGUUAGUGAAGGCAGGAAAAAUAGCAAAUUCUGCCCAUUUCAGCAAAUCACUUCAAUCGCAGAUAAAGAAAAUGACAUCACAGAGCAUGUGACACCAUCCUUUUCCACAUGUAUCACCAGGGCUAAUACCAUAGUGCAUGAUCAUAAUGAUGAAACCAAAAAUACAUUUUAGAUUUACCCUAAUUUUGAGGCGAAAAAUGGGGCUUAAUGCACCUAGCUCUUUACAAUGAACCAUAUGCUUAUCAGUUUGACACUGACAUUAUUAUCGAGUUACUCAUUUUCAAAUGUGUCGCUAGUGCUUCAGGAUAACACAACAAAUUCAGUCAUGUGAUCAGUAUCCUGCCUGUCCUUAAUUUGCAAUUGUUAAACAUAACAUUAAAUUCAGUACCUAUCUGUUAAGUUGAGAAGUGGAUUUUUUUCCAUCUUUGUCUCGGUGUAAGAAAUAUGGCACAUGUACUGCCAUGUCUGUACAUGUUCUGGAUUGCAUUUCAUCUGUGGAGCUUAGAGAAUAUUAUGUGUUACAUGUACAGUAUAUGUCCAUUUACUGAAUACAAAAACUGACCAAGUUUAAUUUAUUGUUGAGAAAUAUUUUAAAAUAGAAAAUUGCAAUAAAAAAAGCAAAGAUAUAUAAA